UCAAUUGUCAAAUUCAAAAAUCAAAAUGUCAUUGCAUCUUGUGACAGACGUCCACACAGAAAUAAAUAAAACGUUUCCAACAAAUUCUUAUUUUGUUAGCGGAACGUAUGAAUAUUAUCAUUAUUUGUGCGAUGGAUUUGAUGACAGGGGAUGGGGUUGCGGUUACAGAACCUUACAAACGAUUUGCUCCUGGAUGAAACAUAACUAUAAUAGUGCUCACAAUGUGCCAAGUAUUAGAGAAAUUCAGAAGAUAUUAGUAGAGCUUGAGGAUAAACCAGAAUCAUUUUUGGGUUCUAGACAAUGGAUUGGUAGUUUUGAGGUAUGCCUCGUCAUAGACAAACUAUAUGAUGUGCCGAGUAAAAUAAUCCACGUUAACAAAGGAGAUGCUCUGGAAACUAUACUGGAAAGUUUAUGCAAUCAUUUUGAGAAGUUUGGCAGCCCUAUCAUGAUGGGAGGUGACGUUGACUGCUCAUCUAAAGGUGUGAUGGGUGUGCAUAAAGAUGGUGUGAACUCCAAGCUGUUGAUUGUGGAUCCACAUUAUGUGGGUAAGGAAGAAUCAAAAGAAUUUCUGCAUCGCAAAGGCUGGGUGAAAUGGCAACCACUACAAGACUUCCUGAGCACAUCAUUUUACAACCUCUGUUUACCACAAGCAAAACCGCAUUGUAAAGAUAAGUGAAAAUAAAUAUUUUAACUGACA